GAAAGGCAAGCUCUUGCUGUCAUUUCCCCUUCCAAACAUCCCUGAGCCACCAAAGAAGUAUUCCAUGGAUCAAAGUAAGGAAGGUUCCAAGACAACCGAGGGUGCAACACUGCAGCAGGUGCUAAAGAAGUGGAAGAAGCUCGCUGCUGCACCGAAGGACAACAGCAAGAAGAGCAUUAAGUUCCUGAAGAAGACGCUCUCCUUCUCCAACGCCUGGGCGCAGUCCACCGGUGUCCCCAAGGGGUUCCUUGCAGUAUGCGUGGGAGAGGAGAUGAAGAGGUUCGUCAUCCCGACCGACUUCCUGCAUCACAAGGCCUUCCAAGUCCUGCUUAGAGAAGCGGAGGAGGAGUACGGGUUCCGACAGGAAGGUGUGCUGAGGAUACCGUGCCAGGUUGCUGCAUUCGAGAGGAUACUGGAGAUGGUGCAGAAGAAGAAGAAGGAAGGGUUCUGCUACAUCAGUCCGGAGGUUGAGGCUGAGAUGGCGAUGUACCAUCUCCAUCUCCCUCACAAAAUGAUGUGCAGAUGAACAGUAGAAUUCACAGGAAACAAGAUCUCAUUUGCUUGUUUUCUUGAACUCCUCCAUGGAGCUUGUAUUUGAGUAGCUUGAGUUGUAAUAAUCAUGGAGAGCGUUGUAGUUUCCGAACAAGAUAGAGGUUGGCACAAAGGAAGCGAUGUGUGUAUCAUAUGAUGCUUUGCUGAGAGAACAUGA